ACAGCCGCAUGCUCGGCAAUGCCACAUUACCCGGCCGCGAGGAAACGCACCACCAUGAAGAUCAGCCACUGCGAUCUGGACUGACGUGUAACCAGCUUGCUCAACAACGGAAACAUCGCCGUGAUCUGCUUACUGAGCUUGACUGCAUCACUCCGCUCGCUGCGGGAAGAUACAUGUACCGUGCGAAGGAAGCAAGCCGGUGGACGCGGUGACCACAAUUCAAAGCAACGAUGUCCGACGAUAGGAUCCAGUUGCUCCGAACCGCCUUUGUGGUGUACUACCACCGUGAUCUCGACAAAGCCCGGACAUUCAUGCUGGACUUUGGCCUGACAAUCGCUAGUGAGCUGCCAGGAGAGACAAUCUAUUUCCGCGGCUACGGCUCGGAGCCAUACGUCUACGUCUGCCAUCAAUCGCAGACCGGGCGGAGCUACUUUGGCGGCGCAGCCUAUGUCGUAGCCUCGUUCGCAGACCUAGACAAGGCUCGAACGUCUCCACACGGAGAUGGGCAGAUUCGGCAAUUGGAUGGUCCAGGAGGCGGCCGGGCAAUCACGUUAACCGAUCCCGCCGGCCACCAAGUACACCUCAUCCACGAUUGGACCACGCAGCCGGCAACCACUGCACCGCAUCUGGAGAAACUCACCGUCAACUUUGAAGACGAGAAGCCGCGCAAAGGCAGAUUCCAGCGCUUCGCUCCAGGCCCGGCGCCCGUCUUUCGCUGGGGCCAUUAUGGCGUCACCUAUCCCACCGGCGCCUAUCAGACCAUGUACGACUGGUACACGAAGACAUUGACGCUCGCGCCCAGUGAUGUCGUCUACCGAGACGGCGUGCCGGUCACUUGCUUCUUUCACAUCGAUCGGGGAACCGAGUACACCGAUCAUCACUGCUUCUUCUUUAAGGCGGUGAAGCCGGAUGGGGAGCCGGAUGUCGCGCAUGCGGCUUUUGAGGUGCACGAUUUUGAUGUACAGCAAUUGGGCCACCAGCAUCUGGAGUCGAAGGGUUACGAGCUGUGCUGGGGCGUGGGAAGGCACGUCCUAGGGAGCCAAGUGUUUGAUUACUGGUUUGACACGAGCGGCUUCAUGGUUGAGCAUUACGCCGAUGGCGAUGUUGUCAACUGUGAUACGCCCGUGGGCAAAGCGCAAGCAGGUCCGCAAGCCUUGUCCGUCUGGGGGCCGCCGGUACCUGCCGUGUUUUAGAGUGAGUAAGAAUGCCCGAUCUAUGGCCUGACCUCAGGAAAAGUCUGCAGGCGACAAUGGUACUUCACUGCGAAUCCCUUGCAAGACGAAUGAUGAUACGAGCGAGGUUCG